GUUGAGAAGAAACAGAAACUGCCUCCGGUUGGAAGGUACCAGCCCUGUACACCGCAACAUGGUGACCACAGAGAAGUCUAUGGUAACAUGUGACAAAGGCAAGACAUCUGGCCAGGGCCUAGCUCUUCCCAGAAGUAUCCCAGCUUCCCCAUUCUCCAACCCAAGCUUCCGGACCCUGGGGAUAAAAUGGGCCUGGAGAGUCUUGGGAGCAACUGGCCUGCAUAAGCCCCAGCCUCGACUGCCUUACACUCUCGGCUUCUGCUUGUACCUGCUGGACAUGAGUGUUGGAGCACGUUCCUGUGCCCCCAGCCCCUGGCUGGGCCCGGGGCUGCUGCUCCUGGGACUGCUGCUCCUGCCAGCUGUGGUCGCCCUCCCCACAGUGGACCUGGAGGGAGGAGAGGAGGACCUGCGCUGCGUGUGUAUGAAGACCACCUCUCUAGUCCGCCCUAAGCACAUCAGCAGCCUGGAGGUCAUCGGUGUGUCAGGCUACUGUCCCACCCCCCAGAUGAUAGCUUCGCUGAAGGAUGGGAGGAAAAUAUGCCUGGACCCGAAUGCUCCUGUGUAUAAGAAAAUAAUUAGGAAGCUUUUGAAGAGCUAGUUACUGGUUGCCUGACCCCGUACAUUUUCAACAGAGCAUGUUUUUUAUUUUAGUUUUUCCAUUUUCAACCUAACUGUGGACAAAUCUUCUGAAGUUUUUAUGAUAUUUUAAAUUCUUAAUAAAUAAAAUA